AUGGAUCGCUUGAAAGCGAAAAGGACUGUACUGCGAGGGAGGACCACUCGAAUCAUCAACGAAAGCAAAGCUCUUCUUUCAUCUGAGACCGCCAGCGCUGAGGAGCUCACCGUUCUACUAGAUCGCCUCACCAUUUGCAGUACCGACUUGAAAGACGUCGACACCCAGUUGGAGACGCUCAUUCCAAUCGAAGAUCUUCAACAGGAGUAUGACAGCUGCUUUGGAUACCAAGAGGAAGUAAGCACAGUAGUCUCAAAAUUGAACUACAAACUUCGACAAGUUGAAGCUCCUGCUUUGCAGACCAUGACAUCGCAAACUGAGAGGAACACUCAGUCCUUGAGGGAGUCAACGAGAUCUGGAAUUAAGUUACCAAAGCUCCAGCUCCAAACGUUCAAUGGCGAGCCCACGCUGUGGCCAAGCUUCUGGGAGCAAUACUUAAGCAGCAUACAUGAAAACGCUACCCUUUCCAAGAUCGAGAAAUUCCAGUACCUGAGAUCUCUUCUCGUUGGACGGGCGUCUGCUGCGAUUGAGGGACUCCAGGCCACGGAAGCUUGCUAUGAUGAUGCAUUGGAGUUGCUGAAAAAACGUUUUGGUGAUAGACAGAAGAUAGAACACGAGUAUUUCUCCCGUCUGCGUCAACUUUCCCAUAUUCGCUCUUCGCACGAUACUGGUGGACUGAGGAAGAUGUAUGAUCAGACCCAGUCUAGUAUGCGAGGAUUAAAAUCUCUCGGAAUAACUGCUGGAAGUUACGCAGCGAUGAUGAACGACAUUCUCCUGAACGCGUUGCCACAGGACAUGGUUUUGGACUACCAUCGUAGGAAACAGCAACAACCAGCACAACUCGAAAACUCCGAAAGGCAGUUAGAGGAUCUCCUCGAUUUUCUCCAGAACGAAGUCGAAAGCAGAGAAAAGGCGGGAAUAUCUAGCCAGGAUGGAGGAGUUGUGAAACGAAGAGGGAGUCAGAUGAGCCGUCCCAGUGGGCUAGUACUCCAAACGGGUUCUGAGCCGGCCAAGUGCAUCUUUUGCGGCUCUUCGGCGCAUACGACUGAACGAUGCUCUUCUGAUAUGAAUCUGAGUGCCCGAAAAGAGAAGCUCAAAUCUCAGCGAAGAUGUUUCCGAUGCACCUGGGUGGGACAUAUGACGAACCAGUGUGUGAGACGUGUCAAAUGCGAUAAAUGCAAAGGUAGACACGUAACCUCCAUGUGUGACCCGGAGUACAACCCAGCCCAGUCAACUAGCCCUAAAACGCAAACCCGCAGCGCAGUGAUCGCCACGUCCUCAGCCACUUCACGUCCCACGGUUUUGCUACAGACUUUCCGGGCUUGGGUGGUCGCCGACAAGAAGUGCGCAUACAUUCGAGGGUUAUUUGACAGCGGUAGUCAAAGUACCUUUGUGCGAGAGGAUCUUGUUCGCAGCUUGAACUUGCCCGUCCUGAGAGAGGAGGAACUCUCAAUAAGCACAUUUUCCAGUGAUAUGGGGAGGAAACCAGAGAGGCGACGAAUAGUGGAGCUCCAGAUACGAAGCCAGUAUGCCGAGGAGGUAAUAACUAUGGAAGCAAUCGAAAUGCCAGUUCUGUGUCAUGAUCUUCCAUCAGCUUCAGCAGAUGACCGUCACUUGAUUCUACUUCAGGAAGCUGGAGAACAUGUUGCUGACGUUGUAUCGUUCCCAGGCAUACCGCAAGUGAAGGGAAUUUCGGUCCUUAUUGGGUCGGAUCAAAUGUGGAAAUUGCUGAAAGGAGAGAUCCAACGUUACGGGCCAAACGAUGAAAUCGUUGCCAUCAACUCCAAACUAGGAUGGACGUUUCAGGGUCCGACUACCGAUCGUUCGCUGAUCGCAAGGCAGGCCUGCAACUAUGUAUCUGUGCUUCGUGUGAGUACACUUUCUGAGGACCUGCGCUGUGACCAGCUUUUAGAACGAUUUUGCAGCCUGGAAGGAGUUGGAAUCGUCCACGAAGAUGAAUCUCCGUCGGCCGAAGGCCAUGCCGUUCUCGAAGAGUUCGAGAAAACACUGAAGAUGAGGGAUGGCAGGUACGAGGUUCAGCUCCCGUGGAAACAGACAGAUUCGCCGUUGAACGACAACUUCGAGAUAGCUAAAACUAGGCUGAAGAGACUUGUGUUCCGACUGAACAAAGACAGACAUUUGAUCGAAGAGUACGACAAAGUUAUACGUGGAUAUCUUCUCAGUGGAUACGCAGAAGAAGUUCCCGUAUCCAACAAAGAACAGAACACUCGGGUUUUCUACAUGCCACACAGAUAA